AUGCCUUCAGCUAUUGUUACCGGUGCUACUGGGAUCACGGGGAGUGCAAUUGUGCAUCACCUGUUGAAAGAUGGAUCUUACGACAAAAUCUAUUCUUUCUCGCGUGGAAAUCCGGGUCACAAAGAUCCGAAAGUCCAACAUGUCACCCUGGACCUGCAAAGCUCGGCACAAGACAUGGCCAAGUCUUUCGAGGGCGUGUCCGCCGAGUAUAUUUUCUUUUGUGCCUAUUUAGCUUCCGAGGACCAGGAUGAGUUGUCCCGGGUCAAUGAAGCUUUACUUUACAAUUUCCUGGAAGCACUGGAGCUCAACGGCUCGGCGCGGAAGAUCAAACGUUUCAUUCUCACUUGCGGGUUCAAGCAGUACGGUGUACACAUCGGACCUGGAAAGCAGCCUCUACUCGAGGACGAUCCCCUUUUGGAAAACGAUGCAGGUGGUGUAUCUUGGCCGCCGAUUUUCUAUUACCCACAACAACGUGUCCUAGCCAACGCAGCUAAGAAAGGCGGCUGGGAGUGGGUGGCCACACUACCAGAAGACGUGCUAGGAUAUGCUCGUGGUAACUUCAUGAACGAAGCCACAGCCCUCGGCCUCUACUGCGCUGUCAGUAAAGCUCUUCCGGGAUCGGAGCUCCCUUUCAUCGGCAGCAAGGCCAACUACUUUACCUUCAAUUGCUGGACAUCAGCCAAUCUCCAUGCCAAAUUCUGUCUAUGGGCAGCCACCGCACAGGGCGCAGGGAAUCAGAUCUUCAACGUAAUGAAUGGAGAUACGGAAUCGUUCCAGAACCUGUGGCCGCGUAUGGCCGCCCGUUUCGGCUGCCGUAUCCCUGAUCCCAUGUUCCCGAACGGAGGUACUCCAGAUACCAAAGGCUUCAAAAGCUACGAGUCGUCGACGAUCCAUUUCAAGAAUAAGCCGCCUCUGAAGGCAUCUGCCUCCGCGCUGGGUCUCUCUACGGACUCGGUUUCUAACGACUCCCCCACCCUGUUCCUCCAGGUUGACCCUGAGAAGUGGGCGAAACGAGAGGAUGUCAACAAGGCCUGGGCUACACUUCGUGAGCGAUACAACCUUGAUCAACACGCAUGGGAUAAGGCCACAUGGAACUUUUUGACGAUGACUCUUGGUCGGGACUGGAGUUGUGUGGGAAGUAUGAGUAAGGCUAGGAAGCUGGGUUGGACUGGGUAUGCCGAUACGUGGGAUGAGUUGGAGGAGACAUUCGAAAUCCUCGAAUCCGAGGGCGUCCUUCCGCCUCUGAAUCAGCUGAGGAAGGAUUUCUAG